AUGUGUGGCUUUUCAUUGAAAGAGAAAGUUCUUCCUCAACCGCCAAAGGGCUUCUGCCAGUCUUUCUUUCCCAGCAAAGACUUGAAGAAACUACUGGAUCUGCCAGUCCACAAGAGAAGAGCCCUUUUGGUACUCAAUUUCAUUCCUACCUAUAAGUCUGUUCUUCCCGACGUUCCAAAGAAGAAGAAGAAGAAGAGUCUAUCUCCUCCUUUCGCCACAACUCCCCAAGCUGCCUCCUCAUCUCAGCCAGAUCAAGCUUUUGAGAAUCGGAAGGAGCUGACCGACAAGAAGAGGGAGGCUGCUAGUCUACAAAAGACUAAUAAAAACUUGCAAUCAAAGAUUAAGACCUUGGAGGAUCAAGCCGAGGCUGCUAUCAAUGCUAAGGAUGAUGCCGAGGAAAAAGCAGAAUCCACUGAGGCCAUUAAGAAGAUUCUCGAGGCCGAAAAGAGAGAGGCCGAGGAAAAGAUUACCCAGGCCCAGAAGGAACUUCAAGAAGCUCUGGCCACAAAAGAGGCCGAAGUCAAGGCUGCCGACGAGAAGGGAUACAAUGAGGGGGUGGCCGACGUUACGGUGGAUUACGAGAAACAAGAUGAGGAGGGUGCGGAGGUUCCCAUAGAUGAUGCACCUCAAAAGGCGAUAUCGGACGUGCCUAUUGCCGACAAGAUCCUUGAUCAAACCCUGCAGGAAAUAGACGCCGAGCUCGUGGCUGAGAAGGCUGCCGAGGAUGAGGAGGGUGCGGAGGUUCCCAUAGAUGAUGCACCUCAAAAGGCGAUAUCGGACGUGCCUAUUGCCGACAAGAUCCUUGAUCAAACCCUGCAGGAAAUAGACGCCGAGCUCGUGGCUGAGAAGGCUGCCGAGGCAUCCUCCCAACAAUCUUAUAAUCUUCAAAUCCAACCAUCUGUUGUUGCUGAAGAGUCUUAA